GGCUUUCCAAUAAAAAAGCUCUAGAGUUUGAACUCUCUUGUGCAUUUACAUUAAUACAUGAUUGAAAUCUCAAUUGGGAACACUCGUAAAAAUGAGAUUUGAUACACAACCAAACAUCAAUGUGUCCAAGUCAGGCCCCACUAAUUGACAGGACCCACGUGACUUUGACCCACCGCCCCCACCCACCCAUCGCCACCUUUCUCCGUCGAUCCGUUUCUGACGCUUCUAGCAGAAUUCAUUCACAGCCCAGAUACAGUAACAGCAACGCAGCAAGGAAGCCCGAAACAAACGCAUUUUCACCGCACAAAAAGCAUGGUCUUUUUGGCAGAUUCACCCCGAUUAAUGAUCAACCGAUAUCUCCUUUUUCAAACUUCAUGAGUUCCCUUUUGCUUCCUUCUAUUGAACCCACCUCCCAUUUGCUUCUUUUCAUCUGUCGUUGUAUUUUUUGUUUCUCAAUGGCAAAUGGCCAACCCAUUUCAAGGAAUAGCCGGGUCUUGCCCAUGGUAAGUGCAGCAAGCCGGGUAGAAGAAUUGUAAAUAUUGAACAAAAAGAAAAGUUGGUGCUCGUUCAGAUUCGGUUAUAAAUUAUGUGUGAAAUUUUGGUGGCAAGAACUGGAAGGCAUCAGCAGCGGUAUGAAUCCGGUUUUCGCCUUGUUGCAGGGUGCAUUCCCUAUAGGUAUAGAGAUCUUGAUGGAAGCAGUUGUAAGAAUUCAAAGAAGGUUGUAGAGGUGCUCAUGAUCAACUCACCUAGCGGCCCUGGACUUUUGUUUCCUAAGGGAGGCUGGGAAAAUGAUGAAACAGUUCAAGAAGCUGCACUUAGAGAAGCUAUUGAAGAAGCAGGAGUUCGAGGGAAAAUAGUGAAAUUUCUCGGCUACUACGAAUUUAGGAGCAAAACCCACCAAGAUGAAUACAGCCCAGAAGGUUGGUGCAGAGCUGCAAUGUUCGCUAUGCUGGUCGAGGAAGAGCUUCGGUCGUGGCCAGAGCAGAACACCAGAAGUAGAAAAUGGUUAACUGUAUCUGAAGCAGCCAAGAGUUGUCGGCACCCGUGGAUGAGGGACGCUCUCAUAGGUGGCUUCUCGGACGAAACAACAACGAGUGGAGGAAGUGCAGCAGUUUAAGACAGGUUCUAGGGAAUUGCUUAGAGGCUGGCUUUCCUUUCCAGAAUGCAAAUAUUCCUUUAUUUUAACACCAAGGGAAGUUAUGCUUUGGGUUGAUAAGGUUUAUGCUGAAAACUUACUAGCCACUUUCUGCAUUUUCCUGUUGUCUUGAUGACACUGACCUCUCUAUUCUCUUUUAUUUGGAAAGGAUAUUUGAAAACCUGUAGACUUUGGCAAACUUGCAGUAAAUUAUAAUGUUUGGUGCUAGAACAUUAUGCGCUCCGAACGUGUUUGAACAUUGUGUCCAGGACGCCUCCGGCUCCGAUAUCAUGUACAGUCCAACACGUUCAAGUAAUCCAUAAUCAGAAGUAUAAACA